CUUACUAUUUAUUCUUCACAAUAAACUUAAUGAACUUUAAAAAAAAUCUCACCAAUUGCAAAAAAAUGCUUUAGAGGAAAGUGUAUGGUGAACUGGAAAAACCAUUCAAAAAUCAAAAUCAAUAGAGAAGAUACUACUAUUAUUGAUUUAUUUCCCGGGAACACCCAAAUCAUAUAUUCUCUCUUCGUCGGAACCCUAAUUUCCGAUACCGAAAACCCUAGAAAAUUGCAAUCAAACCAUGGCCGAUAAACUGGCCCCAGACAAGCUCCACGCAUUCGUUCACAAUGGCCAAAAAGUUUUUGAAUGGGAUCAAACUCUGGAUGAAGUGAACAUGUACAUUGCACUACCUCCAAACGUGCCAACGAAGCAAUUUUAUUCCAAAAUUCAGUCUAAACAUGUCGAAGUUGGGAUUAAAGGCAAUCCUCCUUAUCUUAGUCAUGAUUUGCAGCAUCCUGUGAAGACAGACUCCUCUUUUUGGACGUUGGAGGAUGAUACGAUGCAUAUAACCUUGCAAAAGAGGGACAAAGGCCAGACAUGGUCUUCACCUAUUGUGGGUCAAGGUCAGCUGGAUCCUUUGAAUGCAGAUCUAGAGCAGAAGCGCCUGAUGCUCCAACGAUUUCAAGAAGAGAACCCAGGUUUUGACUUCUCGCAAGCACAAUUUAGCGGGGACUGUCCGGAUCCAAGGACUUUCAUGGGUGGAAUCCGCUAGGUGGUCGUCCUGCAUGCUGACGAACAUCUUUUUUUUUUUUUUUUUGAGGGGUGCUGACAAACAUCUCUUACAUGUAUGAUUUGUAUCAUCUCAAUUCUCAGUAAUAAAUGAUUAAGCAUCUUUAUCCUUUAACUGUAAACAUCAAUUGGUCAAGAAUACUUGAUUCCAGAUAAUGACCAACUUCAGUAAUGCUAAUUUAUCAUCAGUACUCAUUUUCCA